UGGAAUGAACAUGUUUAGUAAAAGUCGAGGAUUUCGAGGCUUCCAAACGACUUAAAAUCCAGACAGAGACUGCACACGUUGGUCGUAUGUAUCAAUUUAAAACACCCACCUGCAGCCCGCACCUGUAACGUUAGCUAAAUUGUCGGUUGGAAAGCACUGGUUUGAAUCUUGGCUAGCUAACGUUAACAGGAUAGCUAGCUAAUGUUACACAUCAGUGGCUCCUUGUUGCCCUUAGAAAUUAACCAAGGUCUAACGUUAUAAAUAUGAUUAAGUGUUUGUCAAAAGAAGUUCAAGGUAAGCUUCGGUCUGGAAUAGCAAUAUUUUCAUUACAGCAGUGUCUUGAAGAGCUUAUUCUGAACAGUAUUGAUGCUAGUGCAACAUGCGUGGGUGUGAGGGUGGACAUCGAAGCCUUCAAAGUGCAGGUUAUAGACAAUGGCUCAGGGAUGGACAUAGAGGAUAUGGAGUCUGUAGGAAACAGAUACUUCACAAGCAAAUGCAGUUCUUUAGAGGACCUAGAUCAUCUCAAAUUCUAUGGAUUCAGAGGAGAAGCUGUUGCCAGUAUUGCUAAUCUCGCCAUGCUGGUGGAGAUAUCAUCCAGGACCAAAAUGUCUGUGAAGACUCAUGUGAAAGUCUUCAAGGAUGGUAAAGGCUUGGACGUGUUUGAGGCUGAGACUACCCGCCCAUCUGCAGGGACAACUGUUGUUAUUUGUAACUUCUUCCACAACAUGCCAGUGAGGAGAAACAGGAUGGAUAGCGUGCUGGAGUUUGAACGGAUCAGGCAGAGAGUGGAGGCCAUUUCACUCAUUCACCCCUCUGUCUCUUUCACGCUGAAGAAUGACUGCACAGGGACCAUGGUGGUGCAGCUCUCCAAAGCCCGAAACACUUACUACAGGUUUGUUCAGAUCCAUGGUUUAGGUAGGGCCCAAAAGCUUGGGGAAAUCAACCACUCCCAUGCACAGUUUGAAGUAAGUGGUUAUGUAGGACGAGAAGGCCACUACAACAACACCUUACAGUUCCUCUAUGUGAAUGACAGGCUACUUCUCAAAACCCGCAUCCACAAGCUGCUGAACCUUCUCCUACGUAAAGUAGGCAGUUUAAGUCGGCAGAAUGACAGCCCUGGUACACCACCUGCCAUUAGGAGCCCAAAGCAGAGAAGAGGAGCCGAGCUACAUGCAAUGUAUGUCAUCAAUAUCAUGUGCCACUACUCUGAGUAUGACAUAUGCCUUGAGCCCGCCAAGACCCUGAUUGAAUUCAAAGACUGGGAAAGUAUUCUGUUCUGCAUAGAAGAGGCGGUGAAAGCAUUCCUGACAAGAGAGAACUUGGUGAGUGAAAUCUCCCCAGAGGAUAUCCAGGACUACAUAUGUAAGAAUGUGUUUAGUGGCCAAACAGCUAGCACAGAUGGAGUUAAGGACUCCAUUGGCAAAGGUGUCCAAACACACAUGGAGGGUGUUACCCUGGAAUGUAAUGUUGGAAGGACCCUUGCAUCUGAACCUGUUCAUCGACGGCAGACAGAAGACUCUGACAAGAUGAAAAGUGUUUGUCAGACAUGUGAUGGAGUUGAAUCAGAGCAGGGUGACAGAGUAGGAAAACCAAGGGACAAGGAGGUCCUUACGGGUUUUGAACAAGAGCAUAAUACCACAAACCCACAAUGUCGACCAAGCUCAGUAGAUACAGACCAAGGUCUACAGUAUGAUUCAAUUACAGAUUCAUCAGUUACGGAUUCAUCAGAGUCUUACAAGGAAGUUACGAAAGAGAAUGAAAGCAAUGCACAUCUGAAAUCUGCUAUUUCUUGUCCUGAAUCAUCUCAGCAUAGUCUUAUCUUUAAGACAAAGGGAGAAAAUCUGAAAAUGAGUAUAGAAGAAGGAACAGAGAUGAAGGAUAAUAAAAGAGAGCAUGUAUCCCUCUCAAGAUGCACUGUGAGAGCACCAUGUUCUCUCACUCAGGGAAUCCAGUCAGAGAUGGGCUCUAUCAAACAGACACUACCUCAACCACAGGACACAGAACUGAAUCCAGGUGGACACAGAAAGAUCUUUCUAUCACAUCCAUACAUUCAUAGCAGUUUACCCUCUCAGAAAUGUCUCUCCCACCAGAGUAGACAAGGGCUAGCGUUAGAAUCUAGAGAGAAACUUGCAACAAAACGAAAAUGGCCUAUGGUGGAGGGCCCAGGCCAUCUUCACGUUUACGACAGAGAAGGUAAGGACCUUCCCACUGGCAUCCCUUCAAAGAUUUCUACGUUCAUGUCAUGUCAAAAGCUGUCUUUAUAUAAAGAGGCUGGAUCUCUGGACAGGUUCAGAAGAAUAUACGGGAAGCUUACCGAAUCCAAUCCAGUUCCUGUCGACGUUAAUAGCAAUUAUUUAGCAAUUGAUGCCACAGCUUCCCAGACCGAACACUUGGUUAUGAAUGCCAAGGCUGUUUUGCCCUAUCUUGAAGCGGAUCAAGAAAGGGAUGUCACAGAGUCACGUCUGGAUCUGAUGAAAGACCACAAAAGCCCAUUAACACUCUCCAUGUUCACCAAACUCAAAUCUCUCUCUGCUCGGAGCAGUGAAAUAUCUUUGGCUGCCAAACUCUCUCAAUUAAAACACCAAAGGGCAGAGGUUGCAACCAGUGCAUUUGUACAUCCUCCAGAGACUACUUCAAAUGAGGAUAUAUGUCCCCAGGACACUGUAGAAAACAAUGCUAUUCUAGAAAUCAAUAAUGGAGAACAACACAAUAACACUGGCCAGAAUCGUGACUUCAUCCCGGGCUGCAGUACAAAUCCUCUGCCAGAUGAAAAGGAAGCGAACAAUGUCACAGCAUCAUGUGAUUGGCUGCAUCACUAUGACGACGCUGUGGGGAAGCUGGUCUACAUCAACAAAGUGACAGGACUCAGUAAAUAUGAAGCACCCUCUGCUGAAGAGACACAAGUGUCUUGCACGUCAGAUGUCACCAACAUGGCAAUCAGUGUCAUCUCCAAAAAAGAUGACAUUCAGGACUCUAAUUCACUGUCCUCCCUGUACUCUGAGUGGACUAACCCUGUGUUUGCACGACCUCCUAUGGUAGGUGUGGACAUAUCAAGUGUGCAAGCUGAAGGACUGGCUGUGAAGAUCCAUAACAUCCUCUUUCCAUACCGCUUCUCCAAGGACAUGAUUCACUCAAUGAAGGUUAUUCAUCAAGUGGAUAAGAAGUUUCUUGCAUGUCUUAUCAACACACAAGACCAAGAGCCUGCGGCCUGCAGUGAAACUGAUGGGAACCUUUUAGUGUUAGUGGAUCAACACGCUGCGCAUGAGAGAGUUCGUCUUGAGAAUCUAGUUGCAGAUUCGUACGAGGAUGAUCCAGAGGCACCGGGGGAGAGACGGCUAUGCUCAUCCACUGUAGCCCCACCACUGGAGGUCAGCGUGACAGAGGAGGAGCUGAGGCUGCUCAGGUCCUGCCGGCCAUCCUUGAGGGGCCUGGGUCUGGAGAUGCAGUUCUCGCAGAUAGGAGAUCCCCAGGUCCUGGUGGGGAAGGUGCCAAUGUGUUUCACAGAGAAGGAGAGAAAUGAACUCCGCCGGGGGAGGCGUUCUAUCAUCAAGCCCAUAGUGGAGGAGUACCUUCAAGAGCAGAUUGAGUUACUGCGUUCAACUGGCAGAGUGCGAGGGACAUUGCCUCUUACGGUACUUAAAGUCCUCGCCUCCCUUGCAUGUCAUGGUGCAAUCAAAUUCAAUGACCGCCUCAGUAAGGAGGAGUGUUGCAGCCUGGUAGGCGCUCUAUCUUCAUGCCAGCUGCCCUUCCAGUGUGCCCAUGGCCGCCCAUCCAUCGCCCCGCUGGUAGACGUCCUUCACUUGAAUGACCAAGAGGAACCACCGAGACCAAACCUCAGAAAACUGAGAAGAAUGUACAAAGCCUGGGAACUUUAUGGAAAUAGAUAAGUGUGCCAACAUUGUCAAA